AUGAACGGCUCCGAGUUCUCAGACAUACCUGUUGUGCGGCUGGCACCUCUGGGCCCUUACGCUCGAGAAUCCCAUGACGACUUUGUCAAGACCUAUUUCCAAGGCCUCCUGGUUAAUGUUGACGCAAGCAAUGCUAAUGACAUCGCCAAUGUCCGUCAAUUCUCGUACCUUUCGUGCGACCCAGAGAAAUACACCGGCAAUCUGGAUGCAAGCGCCGUUUUUAAAAUCGUUGUGAAUUCGGCUCGUGCAAGCAUUGUCAUCCUCUACAGCGAAACCAGUACCCAUUGCACGGCUACGGGGCUGAGCAAUCUCCCGACCAUUGAGUAUAUUCUUACCACUACCGACACAAUGAUUGCAUCAAGCCUGGCUUCCUUAAAUCUUAAUGAGAACAGCCCUGGAGUUGCCACCAUCCUCCCGGACCUAAACGCUUUUACGAACUCUUCCAAUGGCUCGCCCAGCGACAGCCCUUCUCUGGGCCAGUCUCCCACUACUGCUGUGGCAAUGAUCAUACUGUAUUCCAUCACCGGAAUCAUCACCGCUCUGUUCGUUGUCAUCAUCGUCACCGGCGCUAUUCGAGCGCAUAGGCACCCGGAACGAUAUGGUCCUCGGAAUAUCGUCGGACGUGGUCGGCAGAGCAGAGCAAGAGGUGUCGCUAGAGCAAUGCUUGAAACACUACCAAUUGUGAAGUUCGGCGACCCCGUAGAUGCUCGAAAGCAACCAGCGGAAGGUGCAGACAUCGAGAUGAACUCCGGCAAUACCGAAGAGGCAACGACGAAUGAACAGUCUUCGCCUGAAAAGUCGACCAGCAGAAAUAACUCCACUGCUGCAGAUGCACUUUCGGCUGCUCGCACAACGGCUGUCAUUGCUACCAGUAACGCCGAUGGCACCGACGCAGAUGGGCAUCUCGGCUGCUCUAUAUGUACCGAAGACUUCAAGAAAGGAGAAGAAGUUCGCGUGUUACCUUGCAAUCACAAGUUCCACCCUGAUUGCGUGGAUCCAUGGCUAUUGAAUGUUAGCGGCACGUGUCCGUUAUGUAGAAUCGAAUUGAAACCCCAGGCCCAAGGUGCCGAAGGCGAAGGAGUCGAUCGUCGCCGAUCCAGCGCCACUCUCCGGGCUGGCGAAGAUGGCUUACAGCCCCCGCUUUCUGAUGCUGGACCGUCUGAUAGUGUUGCUGCCCGUCAGGGACGCAGGGACACCACCCUUCACCUUCGUCACCUAGCACAUGGCUCAAGAGAGGACCGCAUUGCAGCUCUCCAACGACUCAGGCAGGAGACGCUCCGAGCCAGGGCACACCGUCCGACAGACGACGAAAGAUCCGGGCUCACCCGCAGGUUCAGAGAGCGAUUCAGGAUACGCACGGAAAGAAGAGGCGACCGUGAGUGA